AUGACCGAUGUCAUCCUCGGGAUACAAGAAGCCUACAUGCAGCAGAUAGUCGAGGGCGAGAAGACCUACGAGUUCCGCAAAUAUCGCCUGCCUCAAACCGUAGAACGUGUAUGGUUUUACAGCACAGCUCCCCACUCUCAAAUCCAAUAUGUCUGCCAGAUUGAGCCUGCAGUGACACGAAACGAGAACGAUACCAAGCUCCCGGAAGAUGGCCUUGGGAACAAGGAGUUCAAUGAUUUCCACAAAGACUGGGAUCGAUAUGACUUCGCGUACAAGAUACUCACUGUCUACAAACUCAAUGAGCCCAUCACGUUGGCGGCCCUGAAGCAAGACUAUAGACUCGGAGGGGCACCUCAACACGUGGUGUAUGCACCUUCAAUCCUCACUGAAUCAGUGCCGUGGCACAAACAGACCAAACUGAGGUAA